CUGAACGAUCUCAUAUUUCUUUCGCCUUGUUAUUCUCUUGAUUAGUGUUGUACUAGGGGUGGCAGUUCAGUUACCGGUUAUCGGUUAACCCGAUACCCGGUUGGGUAUCCACUAACCGGUAACCAAAGUAACUGAAUUUCGGUCGGUUAUCAGAAGCUGGCCAAAAUGGGUUUUGGUCUUAAAAGUGGUUCGGUUAACCGAUAACCGAGGUAACCAAGAAAUCAAAGCUUAUUUCGUCGGUUUUCGGUAAUGUGAGUGUUUAUUUUGGUUAACCGAUAACCGGCCAAUCAAUUACCGGUUAUAACCGAAAUAACCGAACUGUCACCCCUAAUUUGUACUUUGAUUAAAUUGGGAUUUAACCGUAGGACUUUCUUGUAUUUCAUUUCUAUUUAUUUGCAGUUACAUAUUUGCUCGAUGAUAUAGUUUUCCCGCUUGAAAGGGUACAUGGGCUUAUUUAUGCGUGUGCCAAGCCAAGCCAAAACCCUUCGAUUAGUCUCGUAAAGCUCUAGUAUGGCUGGCAACAGUGCUUCCUCACUGAAUACUCUUGUCUCUGUUGAUGGAUGACGAGCGGCGACGAGGACGAAAGUCGGCGAGACUGGAAGUCAGAAGCUCGGCCUGGGCGUCGUCAUCGUUGUCCUCCAGCUAAAUCAAUGGCCGCCUUCAGUAGAUUAGGAGAUGUUUCAACCUGAAAACUGCAAUACGGAUAGUUGUUAGUAGUUCUCUGCAAUUUUCCAACUGUUCUUGGUGCUACAUGCGAGGGUUCUAUUUGAAAAGCUUGAAAUUCGGCGGUUCAAGAAUCUCGAUUGCUGUUGGCGUUAAUGUUAAUCUUCUUCGACUCUUCGGCUCCCAACCUGUUAGUCGGUAUCCGACUUUCACGACCAGUGGUUACCAACUGCUUCAAUGCCUCUCCAAACACAGGAUAUAUGACGCACGCAACCUGCUCGACGAAAUGCUCCCAGGGGGAACCUCCCGCAGCCGUACGGUUUACUGCACUUCUCUGGUUACCAAGUUUUCCAGGAGUGGGUUCGUGGAUGAAGCUCGCUUGCUGUUCGAUAUCAUGCCAGCGGAGAGGAACGUUGUUACUUAUAACGCAAUGUUGUCCGGUUAUGUCCAGUGUGGGAGAUUGAAGGAGGCGAUGGCUCUUUUUCGAGAGAUGCCUGAAAGGAAUGUUAUUUCUUGGACAUCGAUGCUUUCGGGGUUGGCUGAUGCGGGAAGAAUCGACGAGGCCAAGUUGCUGUUCGUGAAUAUGACUGAGAAGAACGUGGUUUCAUGGAAUGCCAUGGUUGUUGGGUUGAUUAGGAAUGCGGAUUUGGAGAAUGCGAGGUUGGUUUUUGACAAGAUGCCUGUUAAGAAUGUGGCAUCUUGGAAUGCCAUGAUUGCUGGGUACGCAGAUAUUGGUCGAAUAGAAGAAGCGAGGACCCUGUUUGAUAUGAUGCCUGAUCCAAAUGCACUGACUUGGACUAGUAUGGUUUCUGGUUAUUGUCGGGUUGGAGAAGUGGCCGAGGGAUAUAAUAUGUUUCAGAGAAUCCGUGACCGGAAUGUCAUUUCUUGGACAUCCAUGAUUAGCGGAUUCACAUGGAAUGGCUUCUAUGAAGAAGCGUUGUUGCUUUUCCUAGAGAUGAAUAGAACAUCUGGUGUAGCACCAAACAGUGAGACCUUGAUUUCCCUUGCUUAUGCAUGUGCUGGCUUAAGAUUUUCUGAACUUGGCCGGCAGGUUCAUGCUCAGAUGCUGAUUCAGGCAAUGCAAUGUGACGAUUAUGAUGGCAGAAUAGCUAAGAGCCUUAUUUACAUGUACUCUUCAUUUGGUACCAUGCCCUCUGCACAAUACUUAUUCGACAACUUCUCCGACGAUUCUGUUCUUCAGUCUUACAAUUGCUUGAUUAAUGGCUAUGUUAGGGUUGGAGACUUAGAGAAGGCUCGAAUUUUAUUCGAUGCAGCUCCUUCCCGUGACAAGAUCACGUGGACUUCGAUCAUUAGUGGUUACUUCAGUGUUGGACUCGUGUUGCAGGCUUGCCAUCUAUUUCACUACAUGCCUUUCAAGGAUGAAAUUGCAUGGACAACAAUGAUCACAGGGCAUAUACAAAAUGAGCUCUUUGAUGAAGCUAUGCAUUUCUUUUUGGAAAUGAGGACUUUUGGUGUUAUUCCUCUAAGUACCACAUACACCGUUCUUUUUGGUGCUGUGGGUGCAAUGGCAUAUCUUGAUCACGGAAGAUCGCUGCAUGGGAUGAUUAUCAAGACACAACCUGGCUUUGACUUGAUCCUUGAGAAUUCUGUAGUCUCCAUGUAUGCAAAAUGUGGGGAGCUCCGUGAUGCCUGUAAAAUUUUCUCACGGAUGACUUCACGCGACGAUAUCUCUUGGAAUUCUAUGAUUAUGGGGUUCGCUCAUCAUGGUCUGGCCAAUGAAGCCUUACAAGUUUUUGAAGCCAUGAUGGAAUCAAGAACACGCCCCAACUCCCUCACCUUUUUGGCUGUCUUAUCAGCAUGUAGUCAUGCUGGCUUGCUUGACAAAGGGUUGGAGUUAUUCACUCUGAUGACUGAUGUUCAUGGAAUCCAACCAGGUUUGGAACAUUGCAUCUCUGUUGUCAACAUACUGGGCCGAGCAGGAAAAUUUGAAGAAGCAGAGAAAUUCAUCGCAGGACUACCAUUCCAUAGACACCCUGCUAUGUUGGGAGCAAUACUCGGUGUAAGCGGACCAGACAAGAGAAGUCUUGGAAUUGCCGAACGGUCAGGGAAGCUACUCCUUGAAAUCGACCCGAUGAAUGCAUCUGCUCAUGUCCACCUCUGCAACUUGUAUGCAUCAAACCAUCACCACCUGAAGGAAUAUAAGCUGAGGCGGGAGAUGGUUGUGAAGGGGGUUAAGAAGGUUCCAGGGUGCAGCUGGAUCGUCCUGAGCGGGAAAGUUCACAUGUUCUUAUGUGGAGAUUCGUUGAACCCAGAAGCUGAAGAGUUGUUAAUCUCCAUGUCCAAUUCCUGUUGCGGCUGAAACAGCAGUUCUCCAAGUUGCUUCCAUCCUAGUAAAUGGUAAUUCUUGCAGACUUUUCAUUGUAUCAGUAAAUUAUUAUGUGUCCACUUUUAGAAACAAAUUGCCUAAUGCCAACUAUGUGUGAAUCAAAUCACCACCUUAACAAGAAAAUUCAAAAUUUACAGUAUCAAUGUACCUCGAGAUUUAAAUGAUUUUCUCUAUCCAUCUAACUAAAUACGUUUUUUGCACUCGUUCAUUACCUACUACAUACCUAGUAGAUAAUAAGAGUUAAGAGGAGUUUCCUAUUUGGUCUCGUCGAUUCAGAAUCAGGAUUAAUAGACAAUUAAAAUGUAGCACAGGUAAGAUUAAUUUUACAAUUUGGAAGAGAUUUUUCCACUUCUCUAUCGGACUGUCCCAUUUCUCUUAUUUCAGAUUCUUCGUCGGAUAACUUAUUAACUUCCACCGGCGUCCAUCAUAGAAAGCAAAAGGAUAGCAAUCCUAAGACACGCCGUUUUGAAGUCAAGCGUCCUUCCGUUCAGAAACUGAAAAAACUAAAAGUGGAAAGAAGAGAAGAAUUCGAAGCGCUCCGACCCUUCAGCGGGAAACUGCACUGCCGUUUGCCGGCCGCUGCCGGCCAAUAUAAUAAAAAUAAAAAACCACC